CUCUCCUUCACAUCUCCUUACCACCCUCUCCACCACUCCGCGCCGCCGCCAUGUCCGAGUACAUUGGCUCGCGCAUUUCGCUCAUCUCCAAGUCCGACAUCAAAUACGUCGGCACCCUCAAAUCCAUCGACUCCGAGACCGCGACUGUUUCUCUGCAAGAUGUGCAAUGCCAUGGCACUGAAGGCCGCAAAGGGAAUCCUGCCGAGGAGAUCCCAGGCUCGGAUACAGUCUACGAUGGCAUCGUCUUCCGCGGAAGUGAUGUGAAGGACUUGACCAUUCUCGCACCGCCGAAAGAGAACCGUCCACCUCAACCGCAGAUGCCCAACGAUCCGGCUAUCCUCUCCCAAUCGAACGAACCUCCUCCUCAACCGCAACAACAGCACCAACCUCCUCAACAGCCACAGAACCAGUUCCGUGGACCGCAACCUCCUUAUCAGCAACAGCCACCACAAUUCGGAUACCCUGGCCCACCUCCACCACACUUCCAACAGCAGCCUCGCUUUCAAGGUCCUGGCGGUGCGCAUGGCUUUCCUGGGCAACCAGGCGCAGUGCCUGGAUAUGGAAUGGGUUUUGGUGGUCCACCUCCACCGGGCUAUGGCAUGGGUAUGGGAUACGGUCCGCCUCCAGGCAACUUCCCACCUCCGCCGCCUGGAGGAUUUCAAGGUCACCAGCAACCGAUCGGCCCACCUGGACAGCAGAUGAACCAGCAGCGGCCACAACAGCAAAUGCCUCCUCAGCAAAUGCAACAGCAGCAGCAGCAGGGCCCGAAUGGCAGCAAGCAGAACACACCUCAACAACCCGGCUCAUCUCAGGCGCCACCAGCUUCAUCCGCGCCGACGCAGAACAAGCUGGCUGAAAUGUCAGAGAAAUCGACCACACCUGCGCCGACAUCUGCUGGCGCACCUCCACCUCCGACUGCAUCAAAGCCAUCCACGGCCGCCGCCACCGCUCCAGCCGCUGCUCCCAAGCCGACCAACCGGGCUAACAACCGGGUUGCAGUACCGCUUGCACCAAGUCCAGCUGCUGUCAAGGUCCAGCCAAAGCCUCAAGCUACUACCCAGCAGGCACCUCCUCAAGCGCACAAGCCAUCCACGCAGCCGCCUGCCGGCAAUGCUACCGAAGCUGCCACGGCCGCUGUAGCCGCUGCCAUGGCCAAGCUCGGCGCGACCAACAGACAAGGGGGUGGAGUCGACGUUCUGACCAAGCAGGUCGACCAGAUGAGAGUUCAAGACGGACAAUACAGAGGUCGUGGGCGAGGACGUGGUCCUGCCGGUCCUCGCCAAGGAAGACGCGAGAGCCUGCAGAAGAACAUCGAGGUGCCAAAAGAAGACUUCGACUUCCAAAGCGCCAAUGCGAAAUUCAACAAGCAAGAGCUCGUGAAAGAGGCAAUCGCCACAGGUGAGCCCGCCAACGGAGACGCCGCCGAUCCCAGCUCGAACGGUGCAGACGCAGAUGACGAAGACAUCGUCAUUCCUGCGAAACCCACCGCCGACAAGGGCUAUGACAAGAAAUCUUCCUUCUUCGACAACAUCAGCAGCGAUCUCAAAGAUCGCACCCAACAGCAGGAUUCGAACGAGUACUUUGAUGGCCGGGCGAUGCGGGCUCAAGAGCGGAACAAGAACAUGGAUACAUUCGGACAGGGUAGCGUGGAUGGAGGAGGAUUUCGCGGGCGAGGCCGUGGUCGUGGUCGUGGUGGAUUCAAUCGUGGUCGCGGAGGUGGUGGCGGUGGAUACUACAACAACGCAGGCAGUGCGCGUGGUGGGUUUGAGCAGAGAGGUGGGUAUCGCGGACGAGGUGGUGGUGAGGCCACGACUGCUGUGUAG